AACCGAGGCCCACGCAGCCAAUGGCCGGCCCAGUCCGUUCCGCCGGGGCCCGCCUGCCUGCGUUCACCAAUCAGGACUCGGGCCACCUCGGCACCGCCCCUGGAGCCCGCCCCACCCAUCCGCCCCGCCUCCAACUCGCUGAAGCAGGGCUGGGCUAGACGGGCGCGCUCUCGGGGGCGGGGGGGGGGCAGUCCCGGUCCCAGCCCUCCGCGCGGGUGGGCUCGGAGCAGGCCGCACCGGGCAGCAACCCCACUCUCACCCCGGAGGCCCCCUGCCCUUUCACCCCCUUUCCCCCCGGCCCAUGGUGCGAGGCUGGGAGCCGCCGCCCGGGCCGGACUGCGCUAUCUCUGAAGGGCACAAAUCAGAAAGCACCAUGCCUCCUAAUAAAGAGGCCAGCGGUCUUAAUAGCUCCCCUGCGGGGCUCAUCUGUCUCCCUCCAAUCUCUGAGGAGCUACAACUUGUGUGGACCCAAGCAGCCCAGACCAGUGAGCUGGAUGGCAAUGAACACUUGCUACAAACCUUCAGCUACUUUCCCUAUCCCAGUUUAGCAGACAUUGCCCUUCUCUGCCUACGCUAUGGGCUGCAGAUGGAGAAAGUCAAGACUUGGUUCAUGGCCCAGCGCCUCCGCUGUGGCAUUAGCUGGUCAUCCGAAGAAAUUGAAGAGACUCGAGCCCGAGUAGUCUACCAUCGGGACCAACUCCAUUUCAAAUCCCUUCUCUCUUUUACUCAUCAUGCAGGGCGGCCCCCAGAGGAGGUGCCUCCUUCUCCAAUGCCACCUCCAGAACAAGUUGGUCUUGGAAUAGUUCCCCUGACUCUUAGUGAGCCCACCCAGAUGAAAGGAUUGAAGGUAGAGCCCUCAGAGCCCUCAGAGCCACUGAGACACCAGAAAGCAAAGGAGCCCCUGAUGGCACCUGGCAGUGGGGCAUUCCCCCACCAAUCACAGUUUUGGCAGGAUCUUCAAAGCAGUGGCCUCUCUAAGGAGCAGGCAGGCAAGGGUCCCGACCAGUCACACGGCCUAGGUACUGCUUCCUGGAACCACUCCACAGCUGUCCACCAGCCCCGUGCUCAGGAUAAGCCCCCAUCCGUCUCAUUACUUGCCAGUAGUUGUAAGAAGGAGUCAGCAUCUAAUGUGACUCCUCCUUCCUCUACCUCUUCCUCCUCUUUCCAGGUACUGGCUAAUGGAGCUACUGCCACCUCUAAACCCUUCCAGCCACUGGGCUGUAUCCCACAGCCACUGUCACCCAAUGAACAGGCACUACGCCCACAGCUGGAGCCAGCCUGGCCCCAGGGGCUAAGGCAUAACUCAGCACCCGGUAGGGUUGGCCCUGCAGAGUACCUUUCCCCAGAUAUGCAACGCCAGCGAAAGACCAAGCGCAAAACCAAAGAGCAGCUGGCUAUCCUCAAAUCGUUUUUUUUACAGUGCCAGUGGGCACGGCGUGAGGAUUACCAUAAAUUAGAGCAGAUCACUGGUUUACCUCGGCCUGAGAUUAUUCAGUGGUUUGGUGACACACGCUAUGCCUUGAAGCAUGGGCAACUAAAAUGGUUUCGGGACAACGCAGUACCUGGUGCCCCUAGUUUCCAGGAUCCAGCAAUUCCCACACCACCACCUUCAACCCGCUCCUUGAAUGAAUGGGCUGAGACACCACCUCUGCCAGUCCCCCCACCCCCACCAGAUAUACGACCCUUGGAGAGGUACUGGGCAACCCACCAACAGCUACGGGAAAGUGAUAUCCCUCAACUGAGUCAGGCAUCAAGGCUUAGCACCCAGCAGGUACUGGAUUGGUUUGACUCUCGAUUACCUGAGCCAGCUGAAGUGGUGGUUUGUCUAGAUGAAGAGGAGGAAGAGGAGGAGGAAGAACUGCCAGAAGAUGAUGAGGAUGAAGAGGAGGAGGAGGAAGACGAUGACGACGACGAUGAUGAUGUGAUCAUCCAGGACUGAGGGGGCACUGGGGGAGGGGAGGUCUGUUACUAAAAGACGAACCAACUUAGUAACUGUUUAAACAAAGAAACCACAUUUUUUUACUUACCUUGUGGCAAAGAA